GGUUCUUGAUGGAGCAAAGACGUGUCUCGGUCGCGUACCCGGGACCUCAAAAACCGCGAGCUAAAGACGGCAAUAAUCUAGCGAGCGUUGUCGGGGUGUUUAUACGGGGUGAGAAAGUUUAUCGCCAUUGGUUCGUGUUUGUGCAUCCCUUAGCGUAGUGGCCACGUGCCACCGGUAGUAGGUAAGAGGUGAUCGCGGGCUUGCUGCUGCGUAACGUGGAUUCAAAUCGGUUCAGGCUAAGUGGUUGCAGCCGCACGUAACGUAAUAGCGGCCAGUGUCUAUCUCUUUUGGCGCACUUUCAAACAAACGGUCACAAUCCACUUCGUUGGUCGGCAAAAAACACAAACAAACAAACAAACCGGGCAAAUCGAGCAAACGCUGACGCUGUGUGUACGAGAGCAAUCCUCAAAUCCUCGAGGUUUGGCCGGUCCGGCCGUGUGACAAGAUCGAAUUACGCGUUCCGGAUCCAGUCCGGUCCGGUCGAACGAUGCGGGUUGCUGUUGCUGUGAAACACCGCCGAGUCCUCUCCGCCUUACUUCCAUCCCUCUGAGCUCACCGUAGAUCCGUCUUUUGGUUCGGCCUGUGAGUGGUCUGACUCGUGCGACACUUGAUUAAUUAAUCAAUUGAGCAGCAGCAACAGCAGCAGCAGCAGCAGCAUGUGGUUAGGAAGCGAGUUUCAAGGAAUGAAGCCAAACAGCGCAGCGAGAGCGAGAAUUGAGCCGCAGAAGAUGUGUAGUGUUGCUUAGCAUUGUGUUUAAGCCUUUGGAGUGAAUUGUGGAACGGCGCGAAGACCGGCUACUGCUAAAAGGACCAUCGCCAGCAUCGAAUAGCAACCGGAUUGUCCGUUCCAGUUUUCGGUGUUCGACUGGCGGUCACACACAGUGUUUUUGGCAGCAAAAUGGCAAACCAUCGUUUCGACUUCGUGAAUAUCCAUAUCAAUAGUGCGCCUGCCAUGGCGAGUCAUUAAUUACCGGAUUGGCGUAGUUCUUGACGCCAUUGUGGCAGCGAGCGGCUUUGCAAAACUACAUUCUCCGGGGCCUCCGGGGCAGGGUAACUGCAACUUGCUACGCCGAUAAGCGUAGCAGCGGGCACCUGCACCUCUUAUGAAGUUUUGUUACGUCACCACCGUGACUGGUGUGUCCUGUGCCGCUACCCCCCCGUGAGCGUCGGUUCCAAAAGUGUCAUCUGAAGGUUACUAAGGGAGGCUAUUCAUUUGGUGGUGCUUUAUUUGUUCCCAUUUUUACAGUCAUCAUGGGGUGGCUCAUGGCGUUGGUGUCGUGUUUAUAAUUAUGAUUUGAAGAAAGAAAAAAUGGCCGAGCACGGCCGGUUCUACUGAUGCUGAUAAGCGAAAGCCGUAACAUCAACAUCAACAACAACAACAGCAACAGAAAAGAGAGAUGUUUCCAAUCGCUAGUCCAGCGCGAGCGUGUGAUAGUGUUGUGUGCUCUGGUAAGCAAUGCAAGUGAAACUGUGCAACAAGGCGACCACCGAAAUCAACAACGAGUGCAACCCGUUCUAAUGAAGUGAUAUGCGUCAUCACCGUUACGCCACGUAGGUACAACAGUGCGAGAGAAAGCCCUCGGAGCGAGCCUUAAGCCUGUUUUGGCAAAACACUACACGAAGCGAUUAUUGGCCUUGCUAUCUGUCACCCGCGUGGCUGUCGAAUGGCGAAUUCCGUGCGCGUCGCAACGAUGGCGUCCCUUUGGUGGCGUUAUCGGAUGGCCAUUGUUUACGGAUUGCUGGUGCUGGGGCUGAUGUACCGCUGGGAGCCAGUGGCCUAUGCAAAUCAGCAUCCACCGCAACACCAUACAGGGGAUAGCGGUGACGACGAUGGUGACACCACCGGAAAUGGUGGCGCCCUGUCCAUCGCCGGUCAAGCACCGUACGAUGGUUUCACGUGCUGCUCCGAGGUUCAGGGAUCGUGUAAGGCGGCCUGCGAGAAUCUGUCACUGGCACGGAUUGCGGCGGAUCCGAGCUCCCGGGAGGCCAAACUGGUGGACGUGCGGCUCUACUGUCCGAAGCAGCAGCUCGCCUUCUGGCACUGCAUGAACGAGACGAUGGCGGGUGUGCAGCGAGGGGCCGGAUGGCCCGGCCGUAUCUGUUGCCCGCUAGCGAUGUCCAUCAGGUGUCAGAACGUGUGCGCGACGGGGUCAUCGCAGGACGAGCUGCGGCCCGGUUGUCGGCCGAGUGACGAGCAGAGCCUGUACGGGUGUCUGAAGCGGCAGGAGGACGGUCAUCGGUGCUGCAGUAGCGCACGUACGGCCGAGUGUUUGCAGGCUUGCGGUGAGGUGUUCCGGCGUCAUCAGACCCCUUCGCGGGCAAUGCGGGAACAGGUGCUGACGGCAUGCCGCAGUAACAACAGCAACGUGAUGCAGUGCAUCAAGGGAUUCAUCGAUGUGACCUUCAACCGGAACCUGAAACGAUAUGUCCCGUGUUGCGACAGCUCACCGGAACCACAGUGCAGGAGGGUGUGCCACGAGACGCUAACGGUCGGUGGAUC